CAUCACAAAAGGUGUCGAAGGAAUAUGUUCUGCAACGUUACUUGUACUUUCUUGGUCCCGAGCUAGCUGAGGAAAGGCUGUCGGAUCUCGGUAUGGUGGAUUCAUUUGAUGUAGGAAUUACCUGUUUUUUUCCAAAUAUCUCGACGCCAGAGACCUUGAGUGUCCACAAUGACUUGGAACACCAGCUGAGCCCAGCAACGAUGUGCCAGUCUCGUUGUAAGGUCGAGUUUCAAUACCGACUCAUCUGAGAGUAGGAAAUGGCGAAAGUACAGAAGCGAGCCUCGUCGGACUUGCCCAAAGUCAACGGGUGCUCUUUGCUGCAUCAGAUUGGCAGUGGUUCGUAUGCUACGGUCUACAAGGCUCGUGAUCAGAAGAGCGGGGAGUAUGUGGCUGUGAAGUGCGUCUCGACGAAGAAGUUAAAGAAAACCGCCUUGGAGAAUCUGAUACGCGAAAUCGAGUGCCUCAAGAAAGUGGACGACCCGCACAUCGUCAGAUUGGUGGACUUUCAGUGGGAUGUCAGCUAUGUGUACAUCAUAAUGGAAUACUGCAGCGGUGGAGACUUGUCCCACUUCAUCAAGACCAGGAAAGCACUGCAGGAGAAUGUAGCACGCCGCUUCCUCCGCCAGCUUGCAUCUGCCAUCUGUGCAUUGCAGCAGCACAACAUAGCUCAUCUGGACUUGAAGCCGCAGAACAUUCUGCUUGCAUCUCACCCGGGCUCCACAACUCCCGUAUUAAAACUUGCCGACUUUGGCUUUGCUGUCUACCUGGAUGAAAGCCAGGGUUUCGCUCACUUGAGAGGCUCACCGCUGUAUAUGGCACCAGAGAUAGUGGUUGCAAAGCAGUACGAUGCCAGGGCUGAUCUCUGGUCAGUGGGUGUUAUUCUUUAUGAAACCCUGUUUGGACGUGCGCCGUUCGCCUCCAACUCUUACGACGCCCUGAUCGAGAAGAUCAUUAGCCACGAUGAGAUUGAGAUCCCCAGUGAGCCAGUCCUCAGUCCCGAGUGCCGCCACCUUCUCACCGGCCUGCUGCAGAGAGAUCCUAGCAAGCGCAUAUCGUUUCCGGAGUUCUUUACCGAUCCGUACAUUGACCUGGAGCAUCUCCCCGGUGAGGCAUCUCUCAGUAAGGGUUGCAAGUAUGCGGAGCUGGCCGUGCGGUUGGACGGCCAACGAGAGUACCCGGCAGCUGUGCACAUGUACUGUGUGGCCUUGGACUACCUCAUCCCACUGGUUGACUAUAAUGAUGUGUCGGAAAGCUGCCGAGCCCUGCGCUUGAAGGUGGCUGACUACCUGUGCCGCCUGGAGCAGCUCAAGUCCACACUAAAGAUGGCCGGCCAUGAUAAGCAGAGCUUGGAGCUGUCAGCCGAGGUUGACCGCCUUCAAGACGAGGCGGAAGCACGUCGAGAUAGCCACCUGCUGAUAGCCAUGAUGCAAGCUCACAAUGCUCAGGCCAUGGAUGCACGUGGAGACUAUGAAGAGGCGUACAGUCUAUACACUGACUCAGUGGCAACACUGCUAUCCAUUCUACAGAAGAUGGAGAAAGGUUCAAAACGAAAGAAGCUACUGACUGAAGUCAAUGGGAUGCUGAAACGCGCAGAGGAGAUCAAGGCUAUAAUAUCGUCUGCAGCUGCUCUUGCCCCGACCGACGCCACCACCAUUUCCAUGUCCACACCGACCACAUCGCGUGUGUCCUCUGCGUCCUCACGGACCAGUGGUGCAGAGGACCAUCACAAAGUAGAUGUGUCUGCUGCUUCUGCUGCUAGCAGUAGUAGUAGUAGUAGUAUUGCUGCAACAGCAGACAACGGGGCCUCGCCCGAUAGUUCUCUAGACACAAGGGCUGCGAAGAGCUGCAAAGCAUCACCCGGUAGCAGCUGUGUUAUGCAGUAGGCAUAUGGUGAUGAUGAUCCUGAACCGUCGUCUCGGCCUCUCUUGCUUUGCGCAAGCUUGCUGGUCUCCUGUCACUGUCACCACGGCACCUUUGCCAGGUGUGAACCGCAUCAUUCCCGUAAGGCAACUGCACACCAUUCAGUCAACGAUGGUGUCAUGCUGAUGAUGUCAUAGGCCCGCUGCACACCAUGUGACCUGUCAGUGUCUGCGUGACCGCACAAGCCGAAUCAUUGAUGGUGUUGUCAUGUGCAGUGCACCUAUUCACUUGCCUAUCUAGGUGCCAAGUGCUCUAAAUAUCAGAGAUUACAUCAUGAUGAUGUCAUACUUUGCUGCUACCCAUGAGCACUUGGGUACACAGGCUCCGGUCGCUGUGAGAAGUCCAGCCAGUGUACUGGUGCCACUGUACUGCGCCGUAUAGCACACAAGGAGUGCAGGCAUCAAGUGGUGCGCUCAGUGUAUGGCUACGCUGGCCAGUCGUCUUGAAACACACACAACGUCGACUUUGGUGCCCUCGCGUUUGUUGCGGGCAAUGCUUGCUCUCUCCCUCUCUCUCUUUCGCACGCGUGCUCAUGCAGACAUGUGCGUUCUUGCUCUUAUUGAAAAGUGGAUGUACCAGCUGGCUACCGAAGUGCACAAGGUCCAACAUUGAUUUGUGUUAUCAUCGACUUUGCCAUCCACGGUGUUCGAAAAGAUAACUAUACUGCUUUGUGACUGUAUCUGAUUGAUACACGCACGGCACUGUAUUUAUGGCAUACUCAUCAGUAUUAGACACACUCCGCUGUGAUGGGUGUACGAUGUGUGUGUGUGUGUACGUGUGUGUGAACGCGCACGCACGUGCGUGCAUGCAACCUUGAACUGUACGCACUCACAUUUCAGCGGAGAUAAAUACUUAGGGGUCGGAGCCAGUUAUGUGGAAAAAAAACCGAAACACAGCUAUAUCACUCUAUCUUGCAAGCGUGCUCCUGGCUCCGCCACUUCUGUAUUGCUAUGCAUGUCCACCUACCAGUGUUAUCCCUGUUAUUGCUGACAUCCUAAUUGCUGAUGGCUAGAGUCAGAGCUGUGGCGUCAGUCUCUACUCUCUCUCUCUCUCCCUCUCUCUACUCUCCCUCCCUCCCCCCCCCCCCCCCCCCUCUCUUUCUCUCCCUCUCUCCUUUUUACCUAAUUGGCAUGCAUGUCUACUAAAGUACUUAGUAGACCUACCCUCUUGGCCACCUUCUCAUACGCUCUCUACUUGCUAUGUGGACCUAACAUGCAGUGCGAUGCCUGCCUGCUUGUUUUCUUUCACUUGAUUCUAUCAAUGUUUUAUAUUUGACCAGAAUACCCCAGCCGCCAUUGUGUUGACACAGGAUCACCAUGGUACCAAGUAAUAGUUAUUUUUUCUCUCUCUCUUGCGCUGUGCUGGUCACAGGGUAUUAUUAUUCUGUUUUGAUACGCAUGCACACCUAAUCGAUUAUGAGAAAAACUGUGACUUGCUUCA